UCUGUCAGAGAGACAGCAGUGACCAAUUUGAUUAAGUAACGCGAUAAUAACCCGUUAACAGCACAGGUGUGCUGUUCGACACGGAACUAACUCUGGAGUUCUCGUUGCUAGUAUCGCAGAAAUGUAAAGUGAAGACUGUUUGGGACUGGACCUCCUGAAUUAACUUCAGAAACUUUGGUCUCUGGCAAAAUGUGUUAAAAUGGAUAGCGUACAGCUGAAAAACAAAACCGUAAAGUUAUGUUAUGAGCUAUUUAACAGGAUAUUGUACUCUUACCACUCAUACUGUUACUUUAUCAGCUUUAUCAGCUGAACGUGGCUCAGCAUGUCAGUAUCAACAGCAGUAGCCAGCUCUUCCCAGCAGCGAGUUAAACACAGCGGCUCCCCAGCAGCCGCCUGCUCUUCCUGUAGCAACGACACCACCACGGUCCGGUUGCAGCCUAUCCGCGCCACGGUGCCGUACCAGCUUUUGCGUGGAUCAGCACAGCACAGCCCAACCCGCUCCGCUUCCUCCUCCUUCUCCUUCUCAGUAGCCGGGAGCAACACAGGACCGACGACGUCCCGUUGCUCCAGUCCCGCCAACCCGGGUGGAAGCAGCUCGGACGGCAGGCUGGUCCCCAGGCAGAGACUGUCACCGCCGGACAGCAGGAGCUCACCAGAACGCUCUCCCUACUCGCCUGUUUCCAAAGUUGAAAGGACAAAAUCCCAGCAGGUGCAGAGCUUGGGGGCCAUUUGGCGGACUUCCUCCCUGGGCACUAUCACUGGGCCCUACCUCACUGGGCAGUGGCCUUGUGACCCCCAUACGCACUACCCAUCUUGUAUGAAAGAUAAAUCCACACAGACUCUUGGAUGUUGGAGUGAGGAAACAGGAGAGAAGAGGAGCACCCACCAGCGCUCUGCAUCCUGGGGCAGCGUCGACCAGCUCAAAGAGAUCGCAAAGCUCCGGCAGCAGCUCCAGCGCAGUAAACAAGGAGGACGUCACAGUAAAGACAAGGACCGACUGUCCCCCCUCCCGUACAACACCAUCACCUACACUGUCCUCACCAGCACUCCCAACCACAGCUCCACAGCCAGCCACGUUCAGUUUUCCAUGUCGAAGUCGGCCCAGAUGCCGCUGUCCAACAUCACAGUGCCAAAGCCGUCCAUCUCCAGGGUGCCCAGCAGCAUGGAGGGCAUCAACCAUGAGCUGGAGAAGGUCUUCAUCAAGGACAACGGAGAGAAGGAGGAGCUCAAGUCCCUGGAGGUUCCUGAUGGGCGGCGGGCACCCUUCCCUCCCCAGCAGCGCAGCAGCAGCACCCGCAGCGUCGACACCCAGACUCCCUCGGCCCCCGGCCGGUCCAGCAGCUGCUCCAGCCUGUCGCCCUGCCCCUCGCCUGCCUGCCCGCCAGGAUCACAUGACGGCAGCCCUUACUCCACAGAGGAUCUGCUGUACGACCGGGAUAAAGACAGUGGAAGCAGCUCACCACUGCCCAAGUUUGCCUCCUCGCCCAAACCCAACAACAGUUACAUGUUCAAGCGGGAGCCGCCAGAGGGCUGUGAGAAGAUUAAAGCUUUUGAGGAGAUGAGCUCCAGGCAGUCCACGUCGGCAUCGGUCCCCCUCUUCUCCUGCCCGGACAAAAAUAAGGUCAACUUCAUCCCGACGGGCUCGGCAUUCUGCCCCGUCAAACUACCCGGUUCCCUGCACCUCAUCCCCGCCUUGGAGCCCGAGGAGGACGAGGACAACACGGAGGCAGGCUCUGUCUCAGAGCCCCAGGGGGCCACGUUGCUCUACGGCGCCCCCACUCAGGUCUCCACGAGCACCAGCACAGACGACCCCCCGGAGGAGCCCGGCUUGCCCUUAGAGACUGCUGACCCCCAGACAGACAGCCCAGCCAUCAGCUAGACCUGAGCAGAGCCGGCCUCUGGCUCGGGGAUCCACGCUAGCGACCACCGACCAUCACCACUGACUGUCCCACCAACACCUCCCUCUGCUCUGCCAGGGGAGCCUCCGUCUCUCUGUGCUGACCCCCUCCACCCCCCCCAUCUCUGCAUGACGUAGCAACAAUGUCCCGAAUAACCACCACCGCCACCACAAAGACUCGCCACCUUCAUGUUCUGUCCUGCAUAAUGUCUGAGCUGCUGUUGGCAGGGAAGGACCUGAUGGUUAAAGGUUAUAUGCAGGCAUCAGAGGGAAGAAUGGAGCACUAUGGAUGGGGGGAGGGGCAUGCAUUUUAAACUGGUAGUAUAUUUCUGAUUAAAUUAUGUGAUGUGUUCUGUUUCAACAUUCACAGUAUGAAUAAGCUCUCUAAACAUAUAUAUAUACACAUAUAUCUCUAUGAAAAAGAAAAAUGCUCGUUUUUAAAAAAAAAAAAAAAAUCCAAAACUGUGUAUUGUUGUAUUGCUAUAUACCGGACAGGAAAAACAGCUGUACUAUUCAGGAUUAUGUUUACACUAUCCAGGUCACAUUGUUAAACCCUCUCUAAAAAAUGCUAUGAGAGAAUGAUUUGGCAAAGAGAAAAAGGACAAAAUGGCCUCAAAUUGGUUGCACAGUGUCUGCAUCUGGCCGUGCUUCAGGUAUUUCACAAUCAGAGUCUAUACUCAGGUAAUUUGGAAUGUAUGUCCAUACAAAUAUCUGCAGCUUGACUAAGCAGAACAGAUUCACUGUCAUUUAUUCCUGUUUUUUCUCAUUCCCAGACAAAUCAUUCCUUUCUGUUCCAGAGUCCAGUCUGAGACUGGACUCGUUAUAGCUGGCUGCAGAGGGUAAAGGGUUAAAGUAGUGGGCAGCCCCUCAUGGUCGCCUUCUUUGACUGGUGGUGGGAUACUGUACGGACCACACACACUGAGUGAUGGCUUUAAUGGCUGUGUGUGUAUUGACGGAAGCAUGCUGGACAGAGACUUGGAGGACGUACAGUGGCUGGCUGUUAUUUAAGCCUGAAGACAAUGUGUGAUUGGCUCUUCUGAGCCCGCUGACAGUGGACCAGAAGUGGACGAGUCUGCGGUACCGUCACAUGAAGAUACAAUCAAACUGAAGCAUUUGGUUUUUUACAGGUGCAGAUUUGAGGUGUAGUUGUACAAACAUUUUUCUGAGCUAGGAAUGAUCUUAUUUGAUAAGUUAAACCUCAGUUUUCUUAUCCAGAUUGUGCAACUUAACCUGAUUUAAUCAAGACCAGAGCCCGAGCGAUACUAGACUUCUGAGAUCGAUAUCAAUAUUUGUGAGUUUAAAAAAAGAUAAUAUAUUGGCAGAUAUUGCUUUUUUUUUUAACACAAACACAUCAACAUUUUUGAAAGAGAAUCCCUUGAAGUUGGAUUAUUGAAGAAUUCCGGCCCAGAUAUGUACCAAGCAGGACAUUUCCCAUUUGAAAAAUCUCUCUAGUGGUCUAUCAGCCAAAAUAUCUGUGAUAAGAUAUCAGUCAAUACAAUUGGACUGGCAGAUGUUUUAGAGCUGUUUGAAUGAAUGAGAGCUAACAAGUAAUUGAUCAGAAAGCACCCCAAAGCAUCAGACUUGAUAAGAUAUCCUGCUGCUGUUUUCUCCGGUCUCGGAGAACAUAUGGAACUUUUGCUGAACAGCGGCCAUUUUUGGUACAAGUAACAGUUACGGGAUACUUGUAAAUGCAUAAACAUUAUGUAACAGUAGCACAAGAGUCAUCAAAAUCAGCAAACUGACUCAGUAAUGUCAGUUACACAGCAAUAUUUAUCUAAAGUUUGCUAAUAUUAGCCACCAUAAGCUAGCAGUCAUACCAGACCAAGUAGGACUGUAGCACUAAAAUAAGUCCAAGUGUACUGAAUUGAGCAAGAGUGUGUUUUGGUGCUUAUGAAUUCAAAUUUUCAAUUUUAAGAGGAAGAAUGUGUUAUUUCCUCUUUUAAAAGUCACAUAGUCAAAUAGAACAGUAGCACAAGCUAAUCAUUCACCACCAUUAGCUACUAGUCAUUAGGGCUGUCACCUCAAAACAUCUGCUUUGAAUGGAUGAGAGCUAACGUGCAAUUCUUAAGAAUGAAUUCAACCACAGCCCACUUUGCCUAAUCUCAAAAUGUUGUUGAAUUGACUUUUGUUCAUGCACAUGCACUGCCACGCUAUGAUGUCAUGGUAAUGCUAACGUAAGGCAGUUGCAUUUUUAAAAGUCAGCAAACAGCCCUGUCUAUAAGUUUUUUUUCCCUUCGACGGCAUCAAUUCCAAAGCGCUUCCUCGCGAUACCUCUCUGAGAUGGUUUGGUGUCGUGGUUAUCUGUUCCGCACAACUUGCUAGUUUUCUCCGAGUUGUGUUAGCGAAGAGAGCAGCGGGAGCAGCGGGACAACAGGGCAGACAGCCUGUCAUUGCAUUCUAAUAACUCACGAGGCACUAGCUGCCUUUAGAUUUCAAACUGACUUCUCACAUCAAGCAUUAGUUUGAAUUUUGAAUAAUAAGUGUUAGCCCUCUGAUGUAUCGGUCUGGCGCUAAUAAAUACAGGAUUCUGGUGAAAGAUACCAACAAUUUUUUUUUUUUUUACUAAAAUGUGUGGCAGCAAGGGGAACAGCAGGGUGGUAUCGUUAGAUAUUUUUUAAGAUUUCAGCACCUUAUUCGAAACCCUUUUUUUUUCGACAAAAGAAGCUGAGGCUCUCAAAUGUUAAGUUUUCUAAACACAGCUGCUUGCAGAAGAAUUUUGCCUAAAUAAAAUACAGCAUAGCCCCAACCAUGAUUGGCAAAAUUAUGAUUUAAAGCACUAAUCAAUAUUUUUAUAUCAAAAAUGGAUCAAAUGGCUAUGUGUGAUGUGAAAGGGGUCGGUUGUAGUGACAAACCCACAGACUCUUCCCCUCCCCUCAGCCCCCCAGUUCUCCCAGUUCCCCCAGUUCUAUGGAGAGUUUUAGCCUCUUUUAGCUCAUUGUUUUGGUUUAAAGGCCCACACACUCCCUCUGUAUGCUACCUGCCCAUCACCAAACAGUCUACAGACAAAGUUAGUGACUAGCUGGCAAAGGAAGUGGAACAGGUAACAGCUAAUAAGCAAGAUAUCUUUCUCAGGGGUUGGUGGAGACUUUCAUUCAUCAGGUGGACACAAACACAACUCCAGAGGAAUGUUAAUGUUGCUUUGUGUCUGCUGGAUGUGUAAAUAAGCAAUUGCUUGCUAACACAUUAGCUGUAACAACUUUAGAAGGUAAAUAAUGUCUGUGUUUUCAGCUUGUUCUGUUGCCCCCAAGUGGCCAAAGAUCAGAAUCAGAAACUGUGUGAUAAACGAAUAAGUGAAGAACAUUACAAAUCUGAGUAAGCAUUUAAUGCCAGCUUUCUGCUUUUGACAGUUUUGCAUAACUAGUGCUAGGAAAGUACUGAGGUUCGAUACCCAGCCCUAGGCAACAGUGGAUGUAGCCACACGGUUCGCACAAGCUAAAACUGAAGUCUAGCCAUACAAGAUGAAUGUUUGUACAACUUCUGACUCUAAUCUGCAUAUCCAAACUUCCGAUUAUUCAGAUAAUUGCUAUUCCAUUAAAUGCAUUCCAUGAGAUUUUAGCAUCCAAGACAUAAAUAGGCUCAUGAUGAUUCAUUCCUAAAAUAUCUCUCAGCCUUUUGAUUUGAUCGCUGUGAGAGACUAGCUACAGUACUAAGAGAUGUUUGGUUGCACAUACAGUAGCGCCUUCAUCUGUUUCAUGCACAGAUAAAAGGAUCACACUGGCCUGCCUCCCUCUCACGGUCUGUCUGGUAUUUACUGAAUGUUUUAGGCACCCUGAUGCUACCACCAAACAACAAAACCUUCUGAACAUCUCAUGUGUUCUGUGCAGAACGCCGUCCUCUAGGCCGUUAAAAGAGCAUCACCCUGCCCAAGUAUAAAUGUUCCUCAACUUUAAUUUGCAAGCGUGAAAUAUAACCCCCAUAUAUUUUGAUAUCUGGUGUGCUUGUGGAAUCCCUGCAUUGACGCUUCAUUCAUAUUUUGUAUAUAUGUGGCUUUUAAAGAGGCUCAAUGCAAUGUUGUGGUUUCUUAAUAAGACAUUUCAGCACCUUACCAAGAGCUAUGGCUUUCCCAAUGUCCCACAUAUACUCUGCAUUGGUAACCUAGAUGUGUGCAAUAAUAGGGAAAAAAAGGUAUUGUCGUCCCGGAUCUUGUCCGUUCUUUGACACAAGCGUCUCAUCUCGCAUUCCUUUGGUUUUGAGCAUGGGGGCUGGAUCAGCAAGUAGUUUGUUGCUAAAGCCAUCAACUGAUACAAAACCAGCACUGAGAGUGACCAGAGCACAUCACUGGCAGGUCAGAGUGUUCAUCAACUCACUACAUGAUACUCCUUGUGUAACCUGCAGUGUCAAAGUUCAUGCACAAUGGCAAUAAAAAAACUAUUGGGUGUUUUGUCCA